AUGCAAGCACGAAAGAUAAGGUACGACAUUAUUGGACUGGCCGAGACAGACUACGCCUUCUAUUACACAGGAGAAGAACAGUUCCUCGAAGCAUGCGACAGUAGAGGAGUCAGCAGCGUUCACGUCAACACGAGUUUGUCCGUGAGCAUCGAUUCAUUCGAACAACUGACAACCCCAAUCGGACGUUUACGAUUGAAGAGAUGUGGAGCAAUAGCGGCUUUGACAAUCGUCUUCGUUUGCGCGCCGGACAUCAAACUAUGGUGA